AUGGUCAAAGAGAGGAUUAUAGAAGAAAAGAAAGGUUAUGGACUCGGCCGAAUUCUUGGCAGAAUACAAUUGCCGAUACAGGAAGGGCCACAACAGCAAGUUCAACAACAACAAGUUCUACAACUGGUGGAACAACAACAAGAUCAACAACAAGUCCCACACGCACAAGUCCAACAACAUGUUCAAGGAGAAGCACCUCAUGUGCAAGGGCAAGAAAAUCCAAAGGAAUUUAUGUUGGAUUUCAUUACAUUGAUGAACAGUUUAGGUGCUAACUUGUCAAUGUUGGGCACAAAACUGAAAAGAGCUCAAGAACUCUUCCCAAACAACAGUUUGGUGAAGAAUGUUGAGGAGUUCAUGGGGAAAAGGUCAUGA